AUGGCUUUGUUGGAUAGAAAUUCUCAACCGAAAUACCAUGGAAAUGCAUCUCCUGCAAACAAUGUCACCCUUCCAGCACACAUUCAAAUAACUGAUCACACUUUCAAUUGGACUCAGAGUCGGGCAAAACCAAUCAAAUUGGAAAAUUUUCAGGUUGUACAUGAAGGGACUUUUGUAUUGGUCAGAGAUCCGAACCAGCGAUUGAAGGUUGCGUUAAUAAAAGCCAUAUGGACCCCAGCUUUUUCAAAAGCCACAAAUAUGAUAUUUCAUUUAGAGACUUGUACACUUUCUCAUUCUCGUGAUGCUUUCUAUGGAAUGAGGGGUUUGAAUUUAAGUGGAGAGUCUAUCUGGCUUUACCUGAAACACAACUGUUUUGAUUCCAGUUGCCAGGUUGUCACUCCAGUCAGGGAGUCACAAGGGCUGAGAUAUUUGACAAAGUUGGACCCCAAGCUUGAACAUGCAAGGAAUGGAGCAUACAUCCUCAAUACACUAUCACUUCACUCUGCUACAAGCCACCGACAGAUGGGAAGUGUUCAGACAAGUAUACUAGAGCCGGCGCAAAGGGUUGCAGCCAUUGCCUCUGGUAUAGCGCUGUGGCAGCAGAAGAAAGUUGCAGAACCGCAGAAUAACAUUCAGAAACACCCAAAACCAAGAAGAGGAUCUAAAGCUGCCAAAAGGGGUCCGCCCAAGUCCAUAUUACAUAAUUAG